CGCUGUAGCCAGUGCAGUGCGUCGCGUAUAAAGUGUUGGGAAAAAAUUUCACUCCGCAUUUUCUCAAGGAAAUUUAAUUGAAUUUACACAAUCUCUUGCUUCAAACAAAUGCAGUAGAUUUUAAAGAUAAAAUUAGUGUACAAGAGUAAUGGUAUGAAUUAGUGCUGAAAAGAUUUGAGUAGUGAAAAAGAUUUGGGUCAUAAAAUAGUUGUGAAAAUGGAGAAGAAAGUUGUGAAGGGUAGUGGCCCUCGUUUCACAACAACAACUCGCAAUGAUCGGGUGGCUCAGAUGUCGAAGCAAGAAGAAAUAAUUGCCAAGAAGAAAAGAGAAUUGAUUGAGAAGCAGCGCACGGCUGAAUUGGCCAAGGCAAUUGCGGCAGCCACCAAUGAGGGCAAUACGGCGACAAGUACAUCUGCCACUCCUGCCACUCCUCGAAAUUCAUUCAAUAAUGAUGGCUCCUUCCUCGAGAAUUUCAAAAAGAUCACGCAAGCGGCAAAUGUCACGACCGCUAUGAGUGACACGAUGGGGACGAAUGAAUCCCUGGAGACUCAGUCAGAUAGCAAUCGCAAAAAUUCAACAAAUUCUGAAGAUUCCAUGGCAUUUGAAGGCGAAGAAUUGUGCGAAAAUAUGCACAAGGAUUCUGUCUAUAAGAGUGAAUAUGCAUUGAUGCAGAGUCAGGCUGUGACUCAAGAACGUCGUGAAAUGGCUCAAAAACAUCCAGUUACAACUCCCAAUAUCCAAUCUCAUUCAUUUUCCAUGCAAGUUCCACCUCCAGUACCGCCUAGUUUCCCUCCCAAACCCCCACAAACAUCCCCAAGCACAACAAAGCCCUCAUCACCCUUCUAUAAUCCCAACAUUCCUCCUCCACGCGUUAUGCUCUCCACUCCACCGCCAGGUCCUGUAGCACCUCCUGCCUAUCCACCACCUCUCCUUCACACAAUUCCUCCACCAGCUCCUCUUGUCCUCAAUGAAAUUCCUGCACCCAAAGCGCUCGAUUUGAACGCAAUUCCCAAACCUACGCUCAAUCUGGAUGCCAUUAAAGUGCCUGAAUUUGCCACAGCUCCACCACCUCCGCCACCAACGCACUUCCCAAAAGUUUUUUCAGACAAUGAAAUUAUUCCGACAACCAUUGACACGUUAGUCGUAAUGGUAGCCGAAAAUGGCGAUGCCUAUGAAGAUAAAAUACGUUCACGAAAAAAUGAUGUUCAUUCAUCACUGUGGUUUCUCUUCGACACACAGUCGGAAGCAUACCAGAAUUAUAGGCGGAAGGUGGUUGAUUUGCGCUCGAGGCGAAUGAAGGAGGUGUUUAGAGAAUCUGAAAAGUACGAUCCGGAAGAAGUUUGCAACGCCGAAUACGAAGAAGACGAGGAAGCGCUCAAUGAGCGUGCCAGAGAGGAACAGGCUGAGGAAUAUCUUGAGUAUCAUAGACGUUUUACGGAGAUGUUUAAGCAUCAGGAUGAUGAAGAAGAUGCUCAUGAUUCGGAUACAGAGUAUCGGCGGGAGAUGAAGGAGAGAAGCUUCAAUAAUAUGAAGCGUCGUAGUGCUGUGAAUUACGAUGAUACAGAUUCCACAGAAUCCGAACAGAGUGGUCAGGGUGGAAGGCCAGCGGAUAUGCGAGAUUUUCGCUCAUCCAGUAAGUCCGAUGACAUGAAGGGCGAAUCAUCGGGUGCCUCAAGAAGGCGUAAGCGUAGUCGCUGGGGUGAAAAGGUUGAUGAUCCGAAGAUAUCAACCACUGUACCCGAGAAUCCCAGUAAGCCCACUCUGUCUACGGUGAACAGAAAUAAUCCAGCUCUCUUGCAGUAUGCCUUGCAAAAUUUUGGAACAACAAAUCUCAGUGAGGAGGACUGGAAAAAGGCAGAAGAUCACUAUAAAAUCAACCUUCUCUACCAGGAUAUGUUGAAGAAACGCCAGGAGAUAGAUCGACUGGCCAAGAAAGGUCAAUUUAAGUAUGAAUAUGAUUCGGAUGAGGAUAUCACGGGGGGUACGUGGGAACAUAAGUUGAGAAUGGCCGAAAUGGAUGCCACUAAAGCCUGGGCAGAAGCCCUUACAAAACAGUCCGAGGGACGUCAUCACAUUGGUGAUUUCCUACCACCAGAGGAACUUCGCAAAUUCAUGGAGAAAUAUAAUGCAAAGAAGAACAACCGUGAACCAGAUAUGAGUGAUUACAAGGAGUACAAAUUGAAGGAAGAUAAUAUUGGUUUCCAAAUGCUCCAGAAAUUGGGUUGGAAGGAGGGUACUGGUCUUGGAGCUGAAGGUCGCACAGGAAUUGUCGAUCCAAUUAAUAAAGCAUCUCAAAGAGAAAUUAAUCAGGGAUUAGGAGCAAAUUCCAAUGCAACUCCACCAGAGGAAGAAAAUGAGUAUGAAGCAUAUAGACGUCGAAUGAUGUUGGCAUAUCGAUUUCGCCCAAAUCCGUUGAAUAAUCCACGAAGAGCUUACUACUAAAAGUCUCUUUAAAAUAAAACGAAUAAAUUUUUCAUCAAAACGUAUUUUCUUCCCACAAGAGAAACUCCAUGAUAUUGAAAUGUGGAAGAUUUGCUGGAAUCUGCACUACUAAGCUCUUAGACAAAAUAUAGGUUUCUGGAUAUAUAUAUUAUUUGAUUUAUCAUGUUUGCAGUUUGCAUAUUUGAUGGAGAAAAUAAUAAAGAUCAAAAUGAA